UUCAAGAGACUGUAAAGUAUAUGUCUUUUGAUAAAUAUAUCUAUGAGUGCAUUUAGCGCAAAUCAUAUUUAUUUUGGUGGCCCAGGUAAAAGUGUUUAUUUUCAGUAUACAUGCAGUAGAUAUAAUAUACAUGCAAGUGUAGCAAAAAAAUGAAAAGUAACAACUUCAUAGAUAUCUGGGUCCAGUUGCACAAAAUUUAGUUAAGUUUAACUGACAGUUAAUGCCUAGUUAACGUUAUGUACAUAUAUGAGUUUAUGGCAAGUUAAAGUUAAAUAACCUCUCUGCAACUAGGUCCUGCUGGUUACAUGUAGGCUUAUUAAUUUCAGGAAACAAAUUUAAGAUACUAGUUAAACGACGCCUUUUCCUUUGUGUCGUUAGAGAUUUCAGAGACAGUUGUUCCUUACUGUUGUCGCCUUUAUUAACUACAUGUACUUUGAUUGCAAAAUUAACACUUUAUUAAGUUAAGCCCAAUUUACUCACAUUAAACUAAAUUCUACUCUCAUCUAACGUCAAUCGUGAGUACCUUGCAACAUUCGACAAAUCCAAAAUCAAUGAAGUAUAUGUUUGGACUCAAAUAGAAAUUAAAGAACAUUUUCGAAUUCAAGUAUGUGAGAGGAGUUUGAUAGAAAAAUAUCAGACAAUCCUGACUUCAGCGGAAUUGGAAGAGAUUUACAUGUGUGAUAAAAUGCAAAUACAAACAAUCUAUUUCUGUAAAACAACAAAUGGUAGAUUUCAUUUCUGGAAAUCCCACUACUAUUUCCCUAAUUUAUGAGUAAAGGAAAUAUUUUGGAUUGAACUAAUUCGACCUACAUGUAAGUGGCAUUAUAGAAAUGUACUUUUGCAACUUCAAACACGGACGUCCCUAAUGAAAGCUUUGUGUCAAUAUAUAUAUCACCACUCAAAAUACAUAACACGUGACAAUGGUAGGCACAGAGAGACAGAUCUUAUUUCAUCUGAUUAUCUUUGUAUUAUCUACAACCAUAAACAGCGAGGAGUGUGAUGAUGGGUAUGUUUAAUGUUUAUUUCCAUAGAUAUGUUUUAUUGUAAAAGUUAAUUCUAAGCAUAGGUAGUGAAAUUAUAAGUAUUGUUGUGAUACUGCAUAUGUUGUUUUAAUCUAUAAUCAACAUUAUAUCUUAGAUUCACUAGCAUACACAACACGAUAUAAUUGCUCUAACAUUCUAUUCUAAUUAGAUUUAUGUUGGUUUUGAAUAUUUCAGCAGAUGCUGUAUGAACUUCUACAAACAUCAAGAUGGAUCCUGCCUUGGUAAACAUAUUUUCUCAUUUUUUGUCUGAUUGUAUAUUAUUUGUGGAUUUUCCUCUUUGUAUAUCAUCAUUAUCAUCAAAGGUCGACUGAAUAAAACGUGGUCAAACAUUGUCAUACCUUACAUCCCUCCUUACUUAAUCAUUAACAAUAUAUAUGUCUAGAGUGUCCGCUUGGUACAUUCGGAGUUAACUGUAGCGGAACAUGUGUCCGUGGAUACUAUGGUCGAUUCUGUCAAACAAAAUGUGAAUGUCCCAGUGAUGAAUGCGAAAACAAAUAUGGCUGUCUGAAGGAAGAAGACACUGGGAAUGGUAUGCUUACUUAAAGCAGAACUUUUGUCCAUGAAUGUGUUUGCAAAACUGAUCUUUUUUUUUUUAUUUUAAGUAUUAAAAUCAAGCAUAGGAAAAAAAUACUGUAGAAGUAUUGACAUUAUAACGGUACUUCUGGUAAAUACAAGAAAAAUGCAACAACAAAAAAAUAAUUCAAAGAAACUCUGAAGUGUUUAAGGUAAAACAUUGCAUAGCAAAUUAAUAAUAAUGUCUCAUUUUUGUGUACGAGAUACUUUUUCACCUCCAGCCGGACCCCAAAACACCAACGGUCAGUGGGCAAAUGUGGCAUACAUUUUGAUAGGAUCCAUCACGACCAUGAGUGUUGUCGGUCUGCUGCUUUACUGGAAAGCUUGGUUUUCUAAAAGAAGCUCUUCAAACCUAGAGAUUGGCCAGUUGAACUCCAGACCUUCAGCAAAUCAACAGGAACAUAUGUAUGAGAGACGUAGAGACGCAUCAGCCAGUGAGACGGACGGUGAAAUAUCAAUGUUACAAGUACAACACAACUAUACUGGUCUGCAAUAUUCCGGGAUCCAACCGGAAAUGACAAGAGGGAAUGAUACCGAUACUAUGCCAUCUUCUACCGCUGCCAUCUCACCUCACGGUACAGAAAUCAGUUGUUACAAUGUCGACGAAGUGGAAUAUGAACAUUUCGAUAGAAGCACAGCAUAUCAUGUGUUGUCUCUUCGUAGACAUUUUCAUGGAUCGCUGUUGAAAUCAGUUGAAUUGUCUUCAAUGAGAGGUCACAGAUCGAAUAACAUAGAAAAUGAAUAUGAUAGGGUUAGUGUGAGUCAUGAUAAGGAUGUAUUGCUGGAGAAAGAGCGGUCACUUUCAGAGGAAGAAAUUAUUCGCCAAAGUCUGAUAGAUGAAACAAUAAAUGAGUAUAUAGACAGAUCUCAACUAAUGAAAGAAAUGAGCAUGAAAGACGACGCUGAUAAACAUCAAUUGAAGACGACAUCAAGUGAUCUAAAUCUACCUGUAAGAAUAGGUCAUAAUACAGAAGUUUUAUAUCCGCGUGCAUACAGUUUAGCAGACGGCAUAUGGAGUAUCGGGGACGCAUCGGAAUAUGAAGAUAUUUUGCCAAAUCUGACAAAGGAAGGUGUUGAUGCAGUCUGUUGCUCUAAACAUGACAACGAUAAGGAUAACAAACGUUCUAAUGAAACAAAGAAUGAAACAGCUGAUGACAGUGUAAAUUCGGAUGCCAGUAUCGAUGGUGAAGAUGAUGAUCCCGUAGUUGAAAACUUUAAAAUAUGGGAAGCUAUGAGUAUUCAGAGGGUAGACACUGGUGAAAGACUUCCUCCCGGGCAAUCAGACGAGUACACUCAAGUGAUGAGAAUACUGAGAAGAAAAGUGAUACUUGCGUUCAAUCCAGUACAUUAUCAGUAGAAAUGUCCAUUACAAAUGAGGAAUCGAGUGACGUGCCGCUUACAUUUUCUAUAGGUAGUGCCACUGUCGAUAUGAAACUGGACAUUGUUGCAGACAAUCUAUCGCUUUCAAAGUCUGGAGAAAACAAUGAAAACUCCGACAUUCACAUUGAAUGUAACUAAAUGGACGGCUAUUUCUCGUACUCUGUGUUAGAGGAAGGUCAAGAUACAUAAUUUAUAAAUCCAGCUGAUUUUGUGCAAACGAAAGGACAAUAAAAUCACAAUGACGGUGAUGAACUUCUACAUUUAAAAUCUUAUUACUCAGCUAAUUGAGAUCAGUGAAAGGUGAACAUAAUGAAAAAUAAUCAAUCUCAUAACUUCGAUAAAGAAUACAAAACAGAGAGGUGGGCAAACACGGAUCCCUGGGCACACCAGAGGUGGAAUCAUGUGCCUUUUUAUUCCACAAAUUUGCAUAUUUUUCGUCAGUUUCAUUAGUUUUGAGUUCCGGCAAUUUUUAUUGACCAUGAGUGACUUAUUUCUGAAAUAGUUUUAUUUUUCUCUCGAAUUUCAGAGGACCUGUUAAACUUCAAUUAAUUGGGAAUAAAAUACAAUGAAGCUGG